CACGACUGCUGCAGGAUGCACACUGCCACCCACUAAGCCUCUCAGUUACACCGAAGGCAGACACCUUUUGUUCUGACCCAGCUUUUCCGAAACCUUGCUCUUCUUGAUGAGGUAGGUGUAGGUGUACUUUCUCGCCUGUUCGUUCUUCCAUGUCCCUUAUCGUCUCGAUCCCCAGCUUCACCUGCAUGGCAUCCCACAUGGGAGCUGGCGGAGCCGCUCAUCAACCUCCAGCUCCAGCUCCAACCCUCUCGACAAGACCUCUCCCAGGCCCAGCCGGAUAUCGUACUUCCUCGGAAGAAGAACAUCAACCUCCCCGCUCCGAGCCCGAAGACAUCUUCUACCAAAUCGACCAAGAAAUCAAAUUCAUCCAAGAAGAACUCUCCGCAGCGUUCGCCAAAACCAGACAAGAAUUCGAUGCCGCUAGCAAAGGACAGCAACAACAACAUCGUACCUCGACUUUCCCUCAACGCCAUAUAGAAGCUCUCUUCCACCUCAAACAAUUCUCUCCAAUUUUCCGAAAUGCCUACAAAGACCUUCUCUCUCGCCUUCCCAUCUCCAUCUCCCUCCGAUCUCGCAACGCCGAACUCGGCGUACCCAUGACUUCUCCCGUCGACAUGCCCAGCACACACUAUGCUCGUUUCCGAUGCGUUUACGCCGAUACAACAGCGAACAUUACCACGCAGCAGUGCGAGACCUGGACUUUCAAGCCGUAUGUGAUUGACACUUAUUUGCUCGGGUUGAGUAGGAUUUUGGGUGCUGCAGCGGAUACGAUGUUGGAGGGGAAUGAAUUGGAAGCGCAGUUGGCGGCGGGAUAUCGUCAGAUGUGUUGUUCGGGGCAUGAGGAUAAGUUGAAGGAAGAGCAGGCGAGUGUUUUUGCUGUGGCUAGUCGGCCGGUUGUGAUGAAGUGGAGGGAUGAUGUGCAGUUGUGGUGGUCUGUGGGGAAGAGGAGUUGUAUGGCUGCGAAGGGGAAAGGUGAGAAGGUCUGAGAAUGAUGGGGAGGUAUGGAUUUAAUGUUUUAUUUGGGGAUGAAGCAUUUUGUGAGCGUUUCGUUGGCGCAGGACGCUGAGAGGUGACAGACCUCGUAAUUUGAAGAUGCAAGUGAGAUUUCUGGAGAGCUGAGACACAGUAGAAUAGGAAGAAGGCUUUUGAAUUGGUGUGCUCUAUCAAUGCACAA